AUGAGCAGCCGAGACAUUAGAGGACUGCGGAUUGAAGUGGAGAGCCUCCGAGCGUUGGUUAAUUCACUUGUUCAGAGGUUAGAGGUCGUUGAGGAAGAGUUAGCAAGAGCUGAAGCAGAGCAGCGCUCAGCUAGGUCAGAGGUUGAGGAAGGGUCGAGGUUGAGUUCUGCGGCAGGAGCUGAUCGAAGUAUCAGCCGCAUUAGUGUUGCCAGCAGCACCACUCCUGUUGACACUGAGGAUCGAGCUGGACGCGAGCAGUUGGCUCGCCGGAUUGGGCAGUUCAUCCUUCGGGCGGUGCGCGGAGAGCCAUUGGGCAGCUCCGGGCGAGAUCGCCUAGCACUUCAGAACAGGUGCUACCUGAUCUUUGCUGACUACGAGGGCGCUGCCUUUCGCCCGCCAUUCUUCACCAGGGCCUUUGCUGAGGUUCGUGAGAGGUGCAAGCGUGGGGCCGAUUGUGGCAGGUCCAUUUUUAUCGGGCUUGCGACUUUGUGGGAAGCAGCGAUCGUUGUGGAGGAAGCAGGCUUUGCGUUGCCUGCUGAGUUGAGGAAUGUUGCCGAAGGCGGCAUCUUAGUUGCAGCCCCAUUUCAAGCAUGGAGCAGAACUGUGAACGAGAGGAAGCUGCCCAGAGGAGCUCUCUCGCGAGCUUUGCUAGUCGAGGUGAUGGCAUCCAACAUAGAUGCCCCCGAAGUCGCCUUGGAGGAGCAGAAUGUGCAGCUUUGGGUUGGUGUGAUGGACCCAAGGCUAGUCAGCCGCUUGCAAGUUGGAGGUGGAGAAAGCCCGACUUACGAUGUUUGGGUGACUGCAGAAGACGACGAAGGUGCCAGCCACACUCUGAUUCCCUUUGGCCCAGCUCUUGUUAGUGUCGCAGAGGAGAAUUUCGCCUUUGCUUCAGCUGCCAGCGACCUGGAAGUGCCCCCGAGCAGGGCAGGUGCUCCGGCAGAAGCCGCUGGGCUCGAAGAUCGAGUGGAGAAAAUGGAGAACACCUUGGAGCAGAUCCAAGAACUUCUUCAACGAGGGCUGGGAGCCUCAAGUGCAGCUCCGACUCGAAAGCCUGCUCUGCGCCCUACGGCAAAAGCACGGGUGCGGUUUCAAGAAAGGCCGACCGAGAUCAAAGGUCUGGACCCGACUGUUGUCGCCUCAGCCCUUCAAGCUGGAAUCCCCGAAGAGCAGUUGGUGACUCUCAGCGGCUUGCUCAAGAAGACUUCAAAGAUGGAGGAUGUUCCAAGGCAGAAGCCCUCGCGGGGGGUUCUCAGCGAGAGCGAGGACGAGGAGGAAGAACCAGAGCUGAUUGGAGAAGAAAUUCCUCCCGACGAGAUCGGCGGGGAGCCUCAUCCAGCUGUUGCAAAAGCAGUUGUGCAGCUCACCAAGAUCGUUGGAUCUUUGGCUACCCAGACGUCCAAGCAGAAAGACUUGGACUCCUUGCUGGACUUGGCAGAAGGAGGAAGCGCAGAUUCAUCUUCCUCGAGCAGCUCCUCCCGAUCCAAAGCGGCGGCGUUCAAGAAGCUGCGCUCAGCUCUCAGCGAAGCUCCAGAGAAGUUGAGCAAGAGCAUAGAAGAGGCCAUCGACGAGGAUUUUCUGCAGGUCAGGAUGAUCCCGGGAGUCAGCUCUCAGGAUUUCAGCACGAGAGCCUGGGUCGAGCACCGAUCCAAGCUGCAGUACUAUCCACAGACCAUCAGGAUGGCAUGGAUCUUGGCUGGAGCUCACGAUGCCAUGAGACGAAAGAAGUUCGAAGAGGCCAAGGCGAGGAUUCUUUUGGGGCUGGUUGCUCUCGACCAGGCAUCUCUGGAUGGCGGCAACUGGGCGCUGGCUCAAGAAGUCCUUCUCGAACCUCCUGCUCCUUUUCACAGUUUCGUGGGAAGGAAGCUUCCGGAGCCUUGGGAGCAGACAACUUCAAAGCUGCUGGACGAUCGGGUGGCAGAUGUUCUGAUGUGGCGCCUGAAAGACCGGGACUCUUUUGUGGAAGCCCGGAAGAGACUGCAGAGCCCGAGCAAGGGCGCUGCCAGGACAGAGCCCCAGCAAAAUGGGCCUGCUCCCAAACCCGGGCCGAAGAAAGCUCCCAAGGCAAAAGGAAAAGGACCAGCUCUAGCGCCCGGAGAGGGUGCAACCACAGUGCAUGCCCUUGACAUUUGGACUGAUGUUUUUUCGCUGCUUGUGAAGAUCAAGUCGAGACUUGCAGCAGCUUUCCACUCAGCGCGGACCAAGCCCUCUGCAAAGAGAGCUCCUUCGGGUGAGGUGUGGCCCUGCCCCUUGCCCUUUCCGGAGUUGCACCGGAGGAAAGCCAACCGUCUACAGAAGGACGGACCCAGGAAGCUAGCACUGAACUUUGUGGUGCUAGUCAUGAACAUGUUUCACCACGGCCAAGGGCAUUUUGCUGGGGCCGUGCCAGGACUUGGCACCCCACUCAACGUUGAGCAGUGGCGGUUUGUGAAGAACGUCACGCCUUUGGUGGAUCAGUGGAACAGAGAGCCUCCUGUCACUGCAGAAGUGAUGGGGCGAUCAGCUGCCAAAGUUGAGAGUGUCGAGAAGUUGAUGGGCCAUUUGGAGAGAGCAGUUGAGCCUCUUUCCGUUGAACUCAAGGGCUAUUUGGGCCGGAGCUCAUCUGGCAUGCAGACCAGCUGUGGACACAGAGGAUCUCCAGGAGAAGUUGUUGGCAGAUUGCAGUCCCAGCUUGAACACGUGGCGAAAGCUCUGCAGCCUGAGCGUUUGAAGUUUUGGAAGGUUCCAAGUUUUGAUCCUGCACCGUUUUUAGAUGAGGAGAACCGAUGCAGAUUUUUGGAGCCUAGGGCCUUUUUGAAGCAGUUCGAAGACGGGCUGCCAAAACCUCCAAGCGUCAGAGUGAGGAUCGCUGAGAGGGACAAAGUGCGUUUUCUCAAGCUGCUGGAUUCUACCCAACGGCUCAGUUUUGCCGGGGUAAGUGAGAUUUUUGAGGGAUAUGAGAAUGGAGCUUUCAGCGUGCCAAAAGAUGGGCAGAGAGAUAGGAUGAUUCUCGACGCUCGAGCUCCAAACCUGCUUGAGCAAGGAGAAGACAGGUGGAUUAGGAGUUUGGGAAGCGUCAGCCAACUUUUGCAUUUUUUCUUGCCGGCGGGGCAAAAGCUCGUGCUGCAUGCCGAAGAUCUGCGAGAGUUUUAUCAUGCCUUCAAGAUCUCGAGGUCCAGGCAGUUGAGAAAUUGCUUCAAGCUGCGAGUCAAGCCGGAGCAAGUUUCGUCGCUUGCUGCUUUCAAACCAAAUUUCUGGCAAGAGGAAUUUUUGGUGCCGCUCUUGGCCACUAUGGCUAUGGGCGAUCUGAAUGCAGUUGCAAUGGCUCAAACAGCUCAUUUAGGCGUUUUGCUUCAAAAGACGGAGAUCAGGUUAAAGCAUUUCAUCACUCUGAAGCAGAGACCUCAGCGAGAUCUGUGGUUUGCUGGUCUGAUGAUUGACGACCUUCUCCUUGCAGAGGCUCUACCAUCGGAAGCUGACAAUGCGUCUGGUGGCUGCUCUGAGCUGAUGAAAGUGAUCCACGCAGCCUAUGAAGAGGUAGGGCUGCCGAGGCAUGAGGGCAAGUCAGUGCAAGGCAGCACGAAUUGCUCCUUUUGGGGCAUUACGGUUUCUGGCGAGGCCGGCUGGGCCAGGCCAAACUUGAGCAGGGCAGUGCCGCUGACUUUCAUUUUGCUGGAAGUUUGCAGAUCUGGUUUUGCGACAGUGGGUUUGCUCGAAGUGUUAGCUGGGAGUCUGGUUUCUAUAUUUGCUUUGUCAAGGCGCUUCAUGUCAGCUUUGGAAGAAGUCUAUUCAGCGCAGCGAGGCAGAAGGCGAGGAGACAUUGUCAAGCUUUCUUCGGCGUUGGUGGACGAACUUUUGAGCUGCAUAGCUUUGAUUUGCUUGAGUCACAUUGAUUUCCGGCUGGAGCCCAGCGACCUGAUUGUGGCGUCAGACGCCUCGAGCAAAGCAGAAGCUGCAGUUUGUGCAGUUUUGCCUCCCACUGCGACAGCCGAGAUGCACCGCCAUGCUCUUGCAAAGGGGCUAUGGAGCCGACUGCUCCGACCUGAAAAGGCCUAUCUGCGGGAGAAAUCCUACUUGCCUGAUGAUGAGCAGCUUCCUGAGGGCUCCUAUGAAAUCCACCCACUCUGGCAAGAAGCUGUUUCAUGUCUGAAGUUUGAGCAGUUUGGGAAGGUGCGAAAGGUGGCGGGCAGACGCCACAUCAACUUGGGCGAACUUGAUGCUGCGCUUGCGGCAGAGAUUAAAGUGGGAAAGCGGAAGCCUGGGAGCUUCUACGUCCACUUGCAGGAUUCGCAAGUUUCUCUUGCUGCUAUGAUCAAGGGCAGGUCUUCCUCCACUGAAAUCAACAAGCGGCUGAGGGCAUCCAUUCCAGACCAGGUCCACUACAAAGUCAGAGGGUUCUAUGGUUUUGUGGCCAGUGCUUUGAACCCUGCAGAUGACCCGACUAGGAGUCGGGCUGUGCGGGGCCCGAGCAAAGCCCCUGCGCAAUGGUUUUCAGACAUGAUGGAAGGAGAUUUUUCAGCUUUAGAUGUUUUUCUGCAGGAGCAUGGCUUGGAUCCUGCUUCAACUUCUGGUCUGCCCCCUGAAGAGGAACUGAGCGUCAGAGUGCCCUUAGACUUGCGGAGUAGCAGAGCUGUCCGCGCCGAGCGGAGAAAGAGAGUUGGAAGUUUGAGUAGGAGAGGGAAGUCAGAGGCUGAGACCACCACCUCCCUUGAAGGAGUCCCUCCCCUUAAGGCUGAGACCCCCGGCAAAGAUACAGCAGUUUUUGAGGCUGAGACCCCCGCCUCUUCUAUAGAGGGCCCUGCUCAAGAGGCUGAGACCCCCAGUGUAAGGCCAGCUGAGCUUGGCGCAGAUGGCAAAGGGCUUUCAGAGGAACAAAUAGUUGAAGUUUUGAAGGCGUGCAGUCGCUCUCAGUUUCAGUUCAACUCGAAGUUCGGAAGCCUUGAGGAAGCGAUGAAAGCUGGAAAAGGGGUUUUGGAACUCUAUGCAGGAGUUCGAGGUUUUUCAAAGGCGGCAGUUAAGUAUGGUUUUUGCUGGAGCCUCUCCUAUGACAUCAAGCACUCCUGCAGUGAGGACCUUAGUCUAGCUCCUUUGCAGCAGCAGUUACUAGAUUGGAUUGACCUAGGGUUUUUCUUAGCCAUGGGUGCUGGUCCUGUUUGUGCUUCUUUCAGCACUGCCAUAACUCCUCCGUGCCGAACUGCUGAAUUUCCUGAAGGCGUGCCAUGGUGCAGCGCGAAACAACGACUGAAAAAUGAGGCAGGCAAUGAGCAACUGGCUUUUGUUUUGAAGGUCGUUCAAGCUUGCAUUCGCAAUGGCGUGUUUUUCUGGGUCGAAAAUCCAGAUGGGUCUUGGAUCUGGAAGCAGAAAGAACGUUUGUCAUGGGAUAGAGUUUUGAGAGCUGCUGGGGUGGGCGACCUGCGGGUAGACUACUGCAGGUUUGGGACAGCUUGGAGGAAGCGAACCCGAUUUAGGACGAAUUUGCAUCUAGCUGGGCAAGCUGCCUUUUGCAAAUGCGCGAAGCCGCAUCUGCGACUGCGCGGCAGGUGCAGAGAAAGGAAGGUGAACUUUACUCAAUUGGCCGAGGCUUACCCUCGGGCUAUCGCAAACAUGCUGGGUGCUGCGGCAGCUAUUGAUUCUGGAGUCUCUGGUGCAACUAGAAAACUCGACGUUGCGGGAUGCGCCAAGUGCACAUCUAGGUGCAUCGGGGAAGCUCUCAAUCCUGGGCCACGGCGCGUCAUGCCGCGCGACGUGAGUCAGUCGUUAGCAGAUAUCAACUUGCUGGAGCCUGGAACGAUAGCUAUACGAUCGCGGAUCUGGCAUGACUUCGAAGUUUGGGUGAACCUUUCUUUUGGAGCAAGUUUUGUUCAGAGUGCGACUGCAGUUUCCCCCUUUUUUGCUCAGCUCCUGAUAGCUUUUGGAUACCACUGCUAUGAUACUAAUGUCUCUUUGCAUUAUUUCCGGCAGCUGCUUGCUCACGUUCAACGAGAGUUUUUGAACAUGAAGCUCUACAUGGCACCGGCCUGGGAAGUUUGUAGCAAGUGGGAGCUGAUGGAGCCGACACAACAUCGGCCACCAUUGCCAGAGCCGAUCUUACGGGCGAUGGCUGUCGUUGGUUUAGCUUGGGGAUGGAAGAGAUGGUCAGCAGCUUUGGUUUUUGCUUUCUUUGCGGCAGCUCGGAUAGGAGAAGUUUUGAGGGCGAAGCGGAAGAACCUACUCACUCCGCAAGACCUUCUCUCUCAGCAGCAAGUUGCUUACUUGCAGAUCGAAAGCCCAAAGACCAGACGGAGGGGAGCCCGAAUGCAGUAUGUCACUGUUGAGGAGCAGGUGGGAUGCGAUUUUGAGGCAUCUGAAGAUCGGGAAGGAGCACAGACUUACUCCCGGCUCUUUGAGGGCUGGCGGCGAGCGUUUGCCACAGGUGACCGACGGGAUACUGAUGAGGAUGAUGUUGACUCACCCAAGUCGCAGGACGAUGAACUCCCUUUCUGGGAGGAGUCCGACUUUGUCGAGGAAAAACCUGUCGAAAAAGAACUGGACCAUGACUCGCGCCUUUUAGAGGCACCGGCGCCAGCGCGGCGCCACACGGCCCCCAGCCUCUCGUUGCGCGAGCGGAGCUUUCCGACGCCCACGCCCUCAACGAGGCCGGGGACUGCUUCUGCACAAAGCUCUCCUUCUUUCCAAAUGUCUCCCAAUCGGGACAGGCCUUCAAAAUCCCGAGUGGAGGUGGCUGAAAAAUCGCCGGCUUCGGAGUCGCAAAAGGGGCCCAAGUGGUUGCAGGUUCCAAGCUUCAGACCUGCCGCUGCUGCUGCAGUGGCAGUUUCAGGCUAUGCAGAUCGGAUGUUGGUCGAGACCCUUUGCAUCUCGAUGCGUCGUUUCCGCGGCACAUCAAUGAAAGCUUGGCGGUGCGACUUCGACAAACAUGGAGUUGGUUGGGUGAGCAGAGCCGAAUUUGCCAGAGGCUGCCGUUUCUAUGGGUGCCCAGCAGAUGCGAUUUGGACCAGCUGCCACAACAGCGGAGGAGCCGGCAUGAAAUUCUGGGAGUUGGACACCGAGGAGGCCUUAGACCUGGAACUUUUCGAGCAGGUUCUUUGGAUUCGGACCGGUUUCGACCUUCGACAGACCUGGGCUAUUCUGGAUCCUCACAACCAGACAGCUUUGACUCUGCAAGAGUUUGUGAGAGGAUGCAGGGCAAUUGGCUUUGAUGGUGAUGCGCAUCACAUCUUCAAAGGUUUGGACCACCAGGGCCUCGGUCGAGUGUCCUGGCACGACUUCGAGUACCUGCAGAAACUCUGCGACACCUCCAGCUGCGCCAAGAACUUCACCUUCGAGUUCCGUUUGCUGCGCAGCUGGGCUGUGGAGGUUUGCGCCGAUAUGAUGGAGCUCUUGAAACGGUUAAGCCUCAUCGAUGAACAUGCUGGUGGAUGGGCUCAGUGCACUGAACCCAUCGAAGUGCAAGAGUUCAUCCAUCGUUUGGAGGCGUUGGACUAUCCUGGAGAUCCAGCAGAGUUAGCGGGGCAGGUUUGUAAAGCCCCCACUUUGCUGACGCGGGCAGGAACUGUGCAGAGAAUAUCUGCGGAACAUGUGUGUUCGGCGCUCUUUGGCAAGCAGAUCCGUCGAGCAGAUGGUCCCCCGAAUGGAAAGCAUGAUCUUGAGAAGAGUGACAAAAGUGACAAAGCCUCAGACCGAGUCAAGAAGAAGAAUCCCAUCCGCAAAGCCGAAUGGGAUUCCAGCAUUUGGUCUGGCUAUUGCAGUAACAUGGCAAGACCGGCGGCCCUGCGGACCUACUUUAGCACGCCAGCAAAGGAACCACAGGUGAAGCAGGGCCGAAUCGCAAGGGCAUCGUCCAAUCCGGUGCUUAGCAGGUCCCAGCCACGAACGAAGGACAGCUUCGGCAGCUUUAAGGUCAAGGUUUGUCGAAAAGGACUAAACUGA